AUGGCGACUGCGCGUUCGCGAUCCCCGCAAGAUGGCGUCCGAAGACGACGCGACUUCACCAGGUCGCCGUAUGUGACGCUGGGCGCGGUGCGUUACACCGUCCGCCGCGCGCCGCCUCCCCGCGCCUGCCCGUGCCGCUGCUGCUCCGAGGAGGCGGUGGCGGCGUGCCUCGGUCGCGCCAAGCCGGAUCGUCGCACGCUGGAGCGUUUCCAGCGCCGCCUGGGCCGGGGCUCGCGGGACGAGCGGCCCUCGCGGCACCAACGCCUACGGGACCUCACUGAGCGACUGCUGCCUCGAGCACACACAGCAGCCACGCCGCCGCCGCCACCGCCGCCUCCGCCGCCACACUCGGCGCCCGUCCUGCCGCCGGUCCCACCGCCGCGGACGCGCCAUCGACACAGCCCUUCCCGCGGACUAUCCGUCGAUCGUUACGACGAUUUCGACACCGAUAAAAUAACUCUCGUCCGGGUUGAACCGCGUUCCAUUGUAGGGUCAUACGCGCAAAAGACUAUACCUUACCGCAGUGCAUCUUUCUCGCAAGGUGAUUUUGCACAGGACAAAUAUUAUCGUGGUAAACAGCCCUCCAUAUUUAAUUUCGAAAAGCGUGUCAAAAGGAAAGACGAAAUUGAUUCUGCAUCUGCACGCGAUGACACAUCGAGUCUUACAGAGGAAAAUGUGACGGAGGGGGGAUCCGUUGCGUCGGUGGACUCAGCCGUUGGUUCUGACGAGGGGCUCAUAGUGCAUGCAUCACCUGCGCCUCAUUCUAAUCCCCCAGAUGCUGUUCACAAACAGCUCGGUGCGCGUUCGUUGACACAUCCAUUGCCGCGUCGCGUACCUUCAGUGCGGGAGGAAGGUCAAUCCGAUGCCGGAGGUAGUUUACCAGUUUUAAUGCCCCCGCGCGUUCUCCACGAAUUACGCGAAGAAAGUGACGGCUCACAAGCUGACAGUGCGCAGGCGCAUAGUGAAGGAACUUCUCCCCUUGAACCUGCUCAGCCUUUCGCGUUUCCUCCCCUUCCAGCCAUACCUACGAACGCAUGUGCAAACGUGGAUUGUGAGUGUAUUAAUUUUCCGUCGCGAAAAAAUUCCGCUAGUGAACUUGACACUUCUGUGCCAAUCCCAGUGCCGGUUUACGAGUGUAUAGUGAAACAGUGGUCUUCUGAUCUACCAGUAGAAGAAGCACAGCGUUCGGAUGCCGCGUCUGAUGGUUCUUUAGACCGAGAUAAAGAAGAUGAGACUAUUACUAGUGAACAAGUUGCGAAUUUGUUAGCCGCGGUGCAGAAUCCUUGUACACCAGUUCCUAUCAGUACUAGAGAAAGACGGCGACCAUUAGAUAAGACUAAAAGGAGAAAAGGCAUUUACAUCACAACUGCAAGUGAUGACGGAGGUGAUGAAGAUCCUCCUUCUUCUUCUCUAAAUGGUUGUCAGCGAGAAAGUAGUGACGUGUCAUUGUCAGACAUGAGGCUUUCCGCCGAAGCGAGAUCCUCUUCCAUUCUGGGAGAAAAAUCUGACGAUUCGAAUGCAAACGGACCUUCUAGUCCAAGUGAAGCCCCAACUCCAAAUUGGAUAAGAUCGGAUGACCUUCGAGCCAGGCGAGCGAGAUUCUCUCAACAAAGCUCCGAUGAAAGAGAUGAUGAGAGCUAUCGUGUGAGAAGAAAAUUUGGAGUGACGUCACGAGGGGACUCGCCAUCUGAGGCGGAGAGCGACACCUGUUCAAGAGACAGAACAGCCUCACCAUCCCCAUUUAGUCCAUCGGAUACAUCCGAUGUGGAAUCAAAACGACAAAACUUUACCAGGGGACCAUUUGGGAAAAAUCUAGAAGCACCCUCUAGUCGUUCGAUAGAAAGUGGACGAAGAAGUUUCUCAGAUGCCACUGUACCUUGUAGAAAAAAAAGCGCUGGCGCUGUCACAAACACUGGUUCUAGAUCAAAAGGACCGACUCACGUUAGAGCUACGUCCUCCCCAUCAAAAUUAGCUGGAGUUAAGCCCGGAACUGAUUUGCUGGCUGAAUUACUGCGAGGCAGUUCAGAAGCUUUGUCAAAUUCAUCCACCUUCGACAACGUGAUACUGACUCUGCACCAGCAUAAUGACACACGGACACACGUGGUCGUCGAACUUUACGAAACGGAAAAAUCUUAUGUGGAGGCGCUCGAAAACUUAGUUAAGAAAUACCUCCAACCGCUUAAAAGUCCAGAGAACGCUGGACUCUUAGAUGCGUACUUGGUGGAUGAGAUAUUCUACCAAGUACCGGCUAUCCUAAACGUUCACCAAGUGUUCCUAGAACAACUGAGGCUAAGACUCGAGCAAUGGGACCUCCAGCAAAAAGUUGGGGACGUGUUCCUCGAAGUGUUUACAAAACCCACCGUAAUGGACACCUACAUGUCCUUUAUCAAUAACCUGAAAAAGGCAAAGGAAACGAUAAAAUCCGCAGCGGCAUCGCGACCCGCUUUUGCAAAGUUUUUGGAAGCGCGCGCAAGAGAUCACAAGGGAAAGUUGUCUUUAGACAAUCUCUUAAUAAAGCCCGUACAGAAGUUUCCAAGCUAUAAACUUUUGAUUCAAAGAUUGAUCAAACAUACAGAGCAGUCGCAUCCAGACCACAAACUAUUGUUGGAAGCUCAGAGGGAGAUUCACGAUCUCUUGGAACUAAUAAACUGUACCGAAAGAGAGAGUCUCGAACAAGAACAGCAGCAACAGACUUUGAGAGAAUUAGAACAAUUGAUAGAAGGUCUAUCAAAUCUAGUAUCGGCUGAUAGAACAUUCAUUAGACACGAGAUGGUUACUAUGCCAUCAGCGCAAGGAGCUGUUAAAGAUCGAGCAUUAUUCCUCUUUAAUGACACCCUUUUGAUAACAAGCGUCAAGAAAAGGACUGGUACUAUAAAGAAACCGAUUCCAACAUACCAAUGCAGUAUCGCGAGUCAAAUGGAAGGGAACAAAUAUAAGCUAUUAAUGAGGAUAUCUCUCGGAGAUUUGGAAAUUGUGAAAGGAAAAGAUGAAAACAUGAGACGUUUAAUUCAUGAAGUUGAAACGCUUACAGAAGAUGUCAAUACGUUGACUCUUAUAUCAGAACAAGUGGCUGCUCUACACACGCAGCAUCUUCCAUUAGAAGAACUCGUCAGAGAAAUGCUACAAUCAGCUAACAGACAGCUAUCUGAAAGACAGAAUUUCGAUAAUCAGCUAUGCUGCAUGGAACUAACUUUGAAUACUUCAAACGUUCCAGAGAAUCUGACCGUCAUAUUUGCGAAUUCUGAAAAGAGGAGCAAUUGGGAGGAACUCAUAAACGAGACGAAGCAGAAGCUGUAUAUGUACGGCCCAGAGCGGCCGGCGCCUGAGUUUCUCUCCCCUGUUCCUAUAAGGAAGACGAGAGCCGGUUUACAGUUCACAUGCGCUGCUCCAACAUUACCCCCCAAAGGACAACCACCUGAUGUUUGGGUUUGCAACAGCGAUGGGUAUGUCGGUCAAGUGUGUGUGUUGACUUUGAAUCCCAAGCCACAAGUGACUUCGUGUAAUGGCGUUUGUAACGCUAGGAUCGUUUGCGUUGCUUGCGUGCCGCCCGCACCGGCGCUCGCUCGUCAACAGACAUUAGAUAUACCGAGUACCAGCUCGUUGAAUUGUUCCGGUAAUAAGCCUGGUAUAAGUAUUUCUGAUCCCGAUGAAAGCUGCAAGAAUAUACGUCUUGACAGCUCAUCAUCUAGUGAAGACGAGGAUGACGGAUCAUCUACCAGCGAGAAUCAAGACGCGCAGUCUGAACGGAGUCAAGAUUCGGUUCGGUUACACGGUGUGACUGCGGCCGGGCGGGCGACACUCACACCGAAUCAUAGCAAGAGUUUGAGCACGCCUCACACCGGACAGAACAUACCGAUACACCCGGUCAUGAAAUCUAGCUCAAACCCCGCCGUUGAUAAACAAGCUAUGGGAAUCACAUCUGGUACACUAUCUUCGCCAGCCAGUCGCCAAUCAUCAGAAGACAACGCGACCAAUCAGCCAACCAUGUGGCUUGGUACCGAAGACGGAUUCAUUCACGUGUACAACUGUAUGGACAACAUACGUAUUAAGAAGAACAAGAUUAAACUACAGCAUAGCGCCUCUGUUAUAUCCAUCAAAUACGUGGAGGGUCAAGUGUUCGUGUCUCUUGGUAACGGUGAAUUGGUCGUGUAUAAUAGAGAUAUUGAUGGUACAUGGUCAGAGCGUGCUACACUCGUGGUAGGUGGUAGUUCUAAUCCAAUAUCUGCCAUGUUGGUAGUCGCUACACGUCUCUGGUGUUCAACACAGUCCUACGUUAAAGUCAUCAAUCCGCAUACACUGCAGGAGGACGAUACAUUCCACGUGACUACAGACACUCGUCCUAUCAGUCAUAUGGCGGUGUCUGGUACAUCUUUAUGGAUGGCUUUGAAUACAACUCCACAACUUCGUUGCUACCAAACAAAUACAAAGGAACUGCUCGCUGAAUUAAGCAUCACAGCGCCGGUCACUAAAAUGCUGCAUGGUUGCGAUGACAUUAUUCGCCAACAUAAGGCAGCAUGUCUGCGUGUGACUGCUUUAUUGGCUCAUCGUGAUACACUAUGGGUGGGCACGUCAGCGGGCGUGUUGCUCACGGCUCCGCUGCACAACUCGCCUAAUACACGAACCGGACAGUUCACUGUGCCACAACUCACUGGCGUGACUUACGGUCACACUGGUCAUGUCAGAUUUUUGACAAUCGUCGAGAACCCAGUUCCGCAUAAACCAACAACGAAACCAAGCACUAGCUUGAAGACUAAAGCUCUGAGUCGACGAUCGACUAACGCUGAGAAAUUACAGAAACAGGCAGAAAACAGCCAGAAUAAUAAGGAGACUUUGGUUAUAUCUGGUGGGGAUGGCUAUGAAGAUUUUAGAACUUCUUCUAUGUCUGAAGACGCGGGGCGAGAAGAUUCCACCAAUCAUUUAUUGUUUUGGAGGGUAUGA